AUGACCGGCGCCUAUCGAUGCCAGGCGACCACAUCUGAACAGAAAAACAAAGCGAUAAGCUCGGAGUUUAAUAUCAAUGUGGUUGGAAUUGAAAAGAUUUCAACCAUCCAUCACCACCUGCCAUAUGGACAGCUUGGUUUCAUAGAAGUAGAGGUAUGUGCGAAUCCGAAACCGGAGAUCUUCUGGCUGACUCGCGACGCGAUCAUUACACCUCAUCACGUUCUGGGAAGCUCUCAUGUUUCGGUCACGCAUCUUCAUCCCAAGAAGGUAUUCAUUUCAAACCUAUUGAUACCAGUAACAUGA